UGCCACCUGUCAGUGUCCAUCAGUGCCAGCUGUCAGUGCUCAUCAAUGCCACCUGCCAGUGCCCAUCAGUGCCACAUCACUGCCACAUAUCAGUGCCUACCAGUGCACAUCAAUGCCAUAUAUCAGUGCCCAUCUGAUCUGCCUUUCAGUGUUACCUAUCAGUGCCAGUCAGUGCCACCUAUCAGUGCCAUGCACAUCGGUGCCGUCUAUCAGUGCCCGUCAGUGCUGCCUAUCAGUGCCAGUCAGUGCCACCUAACAGUGCCAGUCAUCAGUGCCACCUUUCAGUGCCAGUCAGUGCUGCCUAUCAGUGCCACCGAUCAGUGCCGCCUAUCAGUGCCAUAUAUGAGUGCUGCCUUUCAGUGUUCAUCAGUGAUGCCUGUCAAUGCCCAUCAGUGCCACCUACCAGUGCCUCCUCAUCAGUGCCCAUCAGUGUCACCUAUCAGUGUCCAUCAGUGCAGCCUAUCAGUGCCCAUCACUGCAGUCUCAUUAGCGCACAUCAGU